AUGAUAGCCCGUCGAAACCGCCCAAUCCUCUCACCUGUCCAGCAGCACCAGUCCCCGCCGCAGCACGACUCACCCCUGCACACGAACUCGGCCCAGUUCCACGGCGCCUGCUUUUCCUUCAAGCUGGGCGAGCCCGGGCCCUCGUUGCUUCCCAGUGCGCCCCGCAACUAUCCGAGGGUCUCGUGCUUCGUCGAGAUCCCCCUGGGCAGGAUGGCCCUCUCCAGCCCCGGCGCCGGCGUCAAGCGCAAACGCGCCAACGUCACCGGAUCCAAAUCCAAGGCGAAGGCCAACGACCGCAGCGGCACUGGCCCGCUGCGCAACCAGCGUGCCGCGCACACCGAGCGGGGCGGGCACACCGACGCCAGCAGCAGCCUUUCGCUGGGCCGUCGCAGGGGCUUUCUGCCUGCCACGCCGCGGAAGCCGGCUUCGACUGCAAGCAACACCUCUGACUGGUCCUCCCUCGCCUCGACGUCGCCUGCAGCCUCGCGGCAUGCGACGCUGCCCGAGGUCCACGAUGACCUCGUCGACAGCUGGCUCCAGAGCGAAAGGGGAUCUGGUCGCAGCUCGAGCCGCGUCUCCCUCCGGCAGGGCAUGCGCGGCAUGACGCUCGAGGAUCCGCCUUCGCCCACGGGCACGGCCAGCGGCAGCGGCGGCGACGUCGACGUCGACGGAAAAGCGACUGGUGCGCAAAAGCCCGUCCGCCGCGGCUCUCGAACCCGCAGCCAACGCUCCGUCGACUACGGCACCGGCGCGCCCCUGUUCGCCGAAGACGGCGCCGCUGCUGGCGAAUCCGGCGAGGCCGAGGACCAGCGCCUGCUGACCACCGCUCCCAACUGGCAGCUGUCACGCCUGCGCAAGGACGACCUCGUCCGCCUCAACCGCCUGGCGGGCACGUGGGAUGACGACGAAGAGGUCGACCCCGAGCUCUACACAAAGCAGGAGCUCGUCAACGGUGUCAUCAUGUGCCGCUCCCGCCUCGACAAGGGCAAGGGCGCCGUCGCCGACGCCGGGGCGCGGGGCCACCGCCGCGCCGCCUCUGCCUCGUCAUCGUCGUCGUCGCUACGGGCUCGGGGCAGCGCCGUCAUUGACCUGACCAACGAGCUUCCGAGUCCGCCCAGGCUGCGCACACGGUCGCGCUCGAGGACUCGCCGCACAGGGGUCGCGGAUCCUGAAGCGACGACGAAAGAACAGUCGCGCCGCCCCAGCGGUGACAGCUCCGACGAGUCCCACGAAGGUGGAGGCGAAGAGACCGAGGCCGAGCCCACCCGUGCCGCCGGCCGCAAGAAGGCGGCCCGAAGACCCCAGCCAGGCACGCUGCGCCGGAUGGACUCGUCUUUCUUCGAGCCGUCCGAGCUCAUGCAGCACGCCCCGAACGGCGACCCGACCAAGGCGCGCUGGCAGCAGUCGGACCCCAUCGGCCGCGCGGAUCGCACCCUGCGCGCCAGGACCGCCCUCGGCACCAACCGCGCCGACCGUCGCGGCCGGGACAGGUCCAUUUUUGGCAGCUCCGAUGCCGGGGCCAACGCCUCUUCAUCUUCGCUCGCCUUUACCAGCUCCGGCAUCUCGCCGCUGGGCUCGCACAUGGUGCGCCGGCGCGGAUCAAGGCGCAGCCUCUUUGUAGCCUCGUCGCCUGUCCGCGCGAGCUCCCGCGGCCAGGGCGGUGUCGCACCUCGGCGGCGCCCGAUGACGCGGGCCACGGCGGCCGCGUUGCAAGAGAUGUUCGGCGACGGUGCCAUAAGCAGCAGCAGGACGCCCCGUCCCGCUCGAAAGGCCGGACGCGGCGUGUCGUUCCGCACGGGCGACGAGCGGAUCGGUGAUCCUGACGACAUGGACGAGGACUGGUCCGAGGAGGAAGCGAGCCGCAGCGACGGCUCCGGCAAAAGGCGAACCGUAGCGACCCGGCGUCAGACGAGAGCGCGCGCCAGGCAAGUCGGCCAUCACGAGCUUUCGGCCGAUGACGCCGACUGUGAGCUCGUCAGCCAGCUCAGCGUGGCUGAAGAGGAGUCGGAGGACGAGACCGGGGAGCAGCGGAACGGGUCGCGGCCUCGAGCGCCCGGCCGCAGAGGUUCCAGGCCCGCAACCGACGGGGCCGAGAUCGACCAGAACGACGCGACGCCUGUCAGGGCCGACCGCGCGCCUCGGGCCGCGCGAAGGGGAUCGCAGAGCGGACACCGUCGAGGUGCAGCAAAGACCGUCUCGCCCGGUCAGACCAUGGGCGAGAUCGACGGCCAGGACGAGGACGACGACGACGAUAAUGACGACGAUGAUGACGACGACGACGACAACAGCGAGGCGUCCUCGACCGAGGCGGACGACAGCCCCGUCAAGUUCCGCAAGCUACGCAACGGCAAGCUGCGCAUGCCGGUGUCGAGGCGCGACGCGAUGGCAGUCGACCAGGAUCAGGAGGCGAACGCGGAGCGGGAGCCUCGGGAGGAGACUGGCGACUGCGAGAUGGGCGCGGCCGACGCAGAGCACGCGGACGACGCUGGCGACGAUCCCGUGGCGCGCUCCUCGCCCGCCAUCGAGGAUGCCAUGUUUGAGCCCACGUCGGGCUCCCUGGCGCGCCUGCGUCGCGCGCAGCUGGUCGACCUGCAGGGCUCAGACGUCGACGAUGCGGCCACGCCUCGCACGCGGAAGCAGGCCCGAACGCGUGGCGAUGCCGCCGGCGGCAAGGGCGCCGCGCAGCCGACCGAGAGCGAGGUGCCGCUGCUGCUGCGGGCCAAGGCGGACAAGGUCGAGUCGAGCAAGCUGCCGACGCCUCCGCUGACGAGCCACAACGACGAGGCCAACGCGGCGGGCGCGGGCGACGGCGUCGACGAGCUCAACGGACUCGACCUCGAGAGCCUGGACCUGCAGGACAAGGAGAUUCCGCCGAGCAAGCUCGAGAAGCUGGAAAAGAUUGGCUCCGGCGGCUUCAAGGACGUCUACGUCGGGCGCUACCGGAUCUCCAAGACGCGCGUCAACCGGGUGGCCAUCGCCGACAUCCGCGACCAGCUGACCGAGAUGGACAUCAAGGAGCUGAGCCUGCUGCGCGAUCUGCGCCACGAAAACAUUGUGCGGUUCAUUGGCGUCAGCAUCCCCGACGACCCGCGCACCAGCGUUCCGUGCAUGAUUGUCAGCGAGCUGUGCGUCAACGGCGACCUGUUCGACUACAUCCGCAACACGGCGCCGCCGAGCGACGACGAGGUGUUCCGCAUCCUGCUCGAGACGGCGCGCGGGCUCGAGUACCUGCACACGCGGACGCCGGCCAUUAUCCACCGCGACUGCAAGUCGACCAACGUGCUCAUCACGCGCAACCGGACGGCCAAGAUCAACGACUUUGGGCUGGCCAAGGUCAAGAACACGCAGCGGUCGAUGAUGCGCUCGCUGGUGGGCACCGUCAACUGGCAGGCGGCGGAGCUGUGGGUGCCCAAGCCGCACUACAACGAAAAGGUCGACGUGUGGAGCGCGGCCAUGACUUUUUGGGAGACGCUCCAGUGGCACCAGGCCGAGAAAAAGUACCCGUUCCAGGGCAUGAACGAGCACCAGAUCUACCAGGACGUCGGGCAGAAGCGGAUCCGGCCCUAUACGGGCGCCAUCCGGCGCCAGUUUGGCGGCGAGAUUGUCGACCUGCUCGACGCCAUGUGGCACCACUCGGCAAAGGAGCGGCCGUCGAUGACGCAGGUGUGCGAGCGCCUCGAGGAGCUCGUGAGGAUCAAGAGGGCCCAGCUGGGCGGCAAGAGGUCGUAG